AUGGGUAUUAGCAUCGUUUGCUAUUGGAUUGUCGUACCUUUCCCAGAAGACGCGAAUUUCCUGACGCCCGAGGAGAAGGCGUUGCUGCUGGCUCGCCUGGAGGCCGAUGGUGGUGGCGUCCGCAACGACCCCAUUUCGUUCAAACGGGUACUCAGUAUGGCGGCCGACUGGAAGAUAUGGAUCUGUGUCCUGGCCUACAUCGGUGCCGAAGAAAGCGCCAGUUCUCUCGUAGCAUUCCAGCCCACCAUCCUCAAGGACCUUGGCUGGACCGCCCGCUCCGCUCAGGCGCACGGCAUUCCUAUCUAUGCGGUCGCAUUUGUGUUGACGCUGUCCAGUGCCUGGUUGAGUGAUCAUCUACGACACCGCUUCCUAUUCACUCUUUUCGGCUCGGUUUUGAUCAUUAUUGGUUGGAGUGUCCAGCUGGCGCACUAUCUGCCAGCGGGUGUCCGCUAUAUGGGCAUGUUCUUUGUGGCUUCCGGUGCUUUCAUCAUGAUGUCAAUCACGGUGGUAUGGUUGUGUGUUAACCUCGGCAAAGGAGUAAAGCGCAGCGUGGGUAUGGGCCUGCUUCCAGCAUUUGGCAAUUGCGGUGCCUUUGUGUCCGGGAACGUGUUUAUCACCAGCCAGUCCCCCAAAUACCCGGUGGGAUUCGGCGUUGGGUUAGGAUUUGCAGUCAUGGCCGGAGUGGCGAGCACGGUGUACUAUUUCGGGUUGCGCGCAGAGAACCGCCGUCGCGACAGCCAGCCCGAGAAGGAGUGGACUCCGGAAAGUGCUCAGGAUCUCGGAGAUGCGCACCCAGACUUUCGGUUUCAGCUGUAG